GGAUAAACUUCGUGGAGAAGCUCAGUACGAACUAGAGUGAGGCAACAAGCAGAUCGGAUUAUUCUUUGGCAACCAUGGACAACGGAUUCAAAAGUACGAACCAUCGAGAUGGAUGUAACAUAUCAAAAGUUUCCGAGCCAGUGCCGGUGGCAUCUGAAAAUCUAGAGUACUCUCCUUCAGAGGAGUUUUACAAUACGACUCAUAAGUAUCGAGGAGUUGCGUUGGUGUUUAACCAUGAAAAUUUUUCGAAGGAAUCCUGGCGCGAAGGCACCAACAAAGAUCGGGAUGAUAUAGUACAAGUAUUGAAAGAUCUUAAAUUUAGUGUUUUUGUGCAUAAUGACCUCAAAAAAGCGGAAGUGUUGGAGACACUGGAGAAGUGGUCCAAGAAAGACCAUACAGAUUGUGACUGCCUCAUGAUAGUCAUUAUGACUCAUGGAGACAAGGAAUUGUGUGCUAGUGAUGUAUCUUACCCCGUGGAUUCGCUGUGGGCAAAUUUUGUUGGAAACAAGUGCCCCUCGUUGGUUGGAAAGCCUAAGAUUUUCUUCAUCCAAGCGUGUCGAGGAACAGCAGUGGACGAUGGAGUAAAGUACAAACGGACCCAUGGGCGUGUACGACUAAGUGACCAGAUGGAUGGAAGAAACUUUAAAGAGUUGAACUCGAGCCCGCCAAUGGCGGAUCUUUUGAUGAUGUACUCAACGUAUGAGGGUUUUUACUCAUUUCGAAAUAAAGAAAAGGGCUCGUGGUUCAUCCAGUCGCUUUGUAAAGAACUGAGUGAAGAAGCAAGCGAACGUGAUCUUUUGACACUACUGACCGAUGUUUCUCGAAGAAUAGCAUACGAGUACCAAUCAAGUCACAAAGAGGAAAAGUUUGACAACAAGAAGCAGAUGCCUUGCGUUGUUUCCAAGCUGACCAAGGUAUUCUACUUUACGGAGAAAACAGAAUGUAAACUUUUCGAAGAGUGAAACAAUUACUUACAUUACAAA